CUUUUUCUCUCUUUUACCAUAUUUCCCCUCUUUAUCCUUCUUUGGGACUGUAUUGGUUGAUAGUCGGUGGCUGCUCCAACCCCAAACAGCAGUUCUCCUCCUGAAACCAUCGUCCAUAAUUUGGGUCUGAGCAGAAUGGUCUAAAAAGCUCACUAUCCUUUUUCUCACUCUUUUUGUUUUCUUUUUCCCUUUUUUUCUUUUUCUGUCACCGAAUAUUCAGGAUACAUACAUCCCAGUAUAUAUAUACAUAUAUUUCAAAUACAGAUGCAUUCUGCUCAUCCGUCUAUCUCGUUCCCUCCACGGGAAGACACUCACAACAAUAACAACUACCACCACCACCACGACUCUGAUCCCAUUCAUGCUCGUUCCCGUUCCUCUGCGCACAUCUUUCCCAACAGUCCUAGGCGUCGCUCCGUCUUCAGUGGUCGAUCUCGCAGCAACACUACCACUACUUCCUCUACGACCACCUCUUCUUCCUCCCGCCGUUCUCCCGCUUCCUCUAUGACUUCCACCGAUCAAGCCCCGUCUUUCCCUUCCCACGAAUCCUCCUACCCCGCGGGACAGUUCCCUCCCCUCCGGACUGAGAGACAGGAUAGCAUCACCAAGUCGCUCUUUUCCCGGGGUAGUCGCAUUCUCCGCCGUCAAGGCAGCAAGUUCAAUAUCUCUGCCACUUUGGACGAGGUUGAUGAGGGUGAACGUGAGAAACCCCGGUUCGACGUCACUGAUAUCUUUGGCCGUCACCGGUCUCGUCAGAGUGAUGCCAGGUCAGAUGAUAGCCUGAAGCGUCUGAUUUCGGAUCCCUUUGACUUCCACCACUUGACGCACACCAGUCCCUCGCAUGUCCAGGCUCUCCAACGAGCUCGCGAGAAUGAGCUUGUCACUGAAUUUUCAGCCAUUCGUGCAUCGCAAAAGCCCAUCAACAGUCUCAAGGGCAUUCGUGCAGAGGACCUUCAUUUCCGCAACUUUUCGUCUGAAGAUCUAGCUCCCGGUGUGGCUACCUCGGGCGAUGAUGAACAUGCCUUCGCUAUUCCCGAUGCCCCCGCAAGCCCUCCGGCUUCUCCUGGUGCUGCCUCUUCUGUCAGUCCCAAGGCCAAGCCGGCGCAACGGGAAUCGCGCGUCUAUGAGAAUUUCUCUCGUCCCGUCUCCCGCUACCCCAGAACGGGCUCCACCUCCAGCAUCACCAGCCCUCCCCGGCGACCUUCCCGUCAGUCAUCUGCCUCCCCAGAUUUGGUUGAGUCGGAAACUCGGGUAAUUGACGAUGUCUUGGGUAUGAACGCAACCCAGCAAGAUUAUCAUGAGCUGGUGUAUCCCCGAAAACCUUCCUUGUCGCAGAUGAACUUGGCUGGUCUUUUUGAAUCGGAUGAUGAGAGCCGUCCUCGCGCGGGCUCUGUCGGUACUGAUGCGAGAGUCUCGUCAACAAACCUCGCGUUGGAUCUGGAGGAUGUUCCCGAGGAGGAAGAGGCGAUUACUCACUGGCAUGACAGCCCUGAGCAGGCAGAAACGUCCGAUUCUCGUCGUUUGAGCCCUGCCCCAGCUGACAUGGGACCUUCGUCUUCCAACCUCUCGGUUCCCAAAUCGCAUCUGUCCAUCUGCGUGGCUGAGGAGCUCUCCAAAAAGUUCUCUGAAGUGCUCGCAUCGCCCACUAUUCCUCAGUACCGUCUUUACCAGCAGCAGCAACCUCAGGAGAAAGCACAGCGGAAGUCGCAACAAGCUUCCCGUGGCAGUGGUUCGAAACGUGAAUCGGUCAUUGAUAUCAACAUCGACUCCUGGGAUGCUGACAUUGACUACUGCUAUGAACAUGCUGCUGAAUCAACAUCCGACUUCGACUGGACUCGCCGUUCGUUCGACGAGCCUCAACACCCAGUGAUUGAGGAAGAACCCAACGAGGAGGAAGAGGAGGAGGAGGAGGAGGAGGAGGAGGAGGAGGAGGAGGAGGAGCAGUCUUCCAAGCCACAGUCGACACAUCUGAGCACUUCAUCUCUGACCUGCCCGGAUUUGGACCCAAGUCCGUCUCGAUCGGUGCCCAGCACUCAGUUUGCUGUGACUCCAUCGACCACCACGUACGAGGGCGACUAUUUCCAACAAGUUCCUGCCUCUUUCUUCGCUUCAACCGAGGGAAAGAACAUGACCCAGGACACACUGUAUGACGAGUACAAUGCGGACGCCGCAUCGGACCGCCAUUUUUCCUUUUGCUCUCAGGGGGUGAUCAAAGCACCCAUGGACCACCAGAUCUCCCCUCGCAGCAGCUUCUCUCCCAUUAGCAACUGUAACUCCCAGGAGAGCCUGAUUCUCUCGCGAGCGGCGUCCAUUGCCCGCAAGCACCGCUCCUCCAUCUCGACCACCAGCGUCCCGGAGCUGAUCCACAGCCUGGCGAGCAGCCGUGAGACCAUGCCCACCGAGUCGCCCUCGGUACCUAUCCUGCCGGAGACUCACCACCGCCAGACGAAGAGCCUCGAGACAAGCCAGGCUCUGUUUGGCAGCACUGCCAGCCUGGAUUCUGCAGACAUCUCACCUGGCACUGUGUCGCACGACCGGACCAAGUCAACCUCUGAUCUCACCGAGGCGGCCAAGGGUGAUGUGGUGCCUUCUCUUCCCCAAACGGGAGCUGUCAAGAAUGCGGGUCGGAAGAAGAGUCGAACUUCGUCGUACUCGCUCUUUCCCACCAGCUAACUUGUAUUCUGAACAUUUUGCCUCUUUGUUUUUGUGUUUUAUAGACUUGGACGACUUUAUGAUCUUGGCCAUUCCUUCACUUUUCAUUGCUUAUAAUCUGUCAAUCGUUGUCUCAUUUAUUUUCAUAUCUUGACUUUGAGCUUUUUUGCGUCUGUUUA